UGAAGCAUCAAUGUCUUUUUACAUCACUAAUCCGAGUAUCGCGGAAAAAAAGCAGCCGCAUUUUGUAAAUUAAGUCCGAAUUAGAACCGAUACAAGUCCUGAUUUAUUCGGCAAAGGGAGCGGCGGUAGCAAAUAGCAACAUUUGAUGCAAAGAACGCAAAAGAGAAAGAAGUGAAAAAAGCAUACAUACAUACGCACGUACACACGUCUCGCUCGUCGAAGGAAUAUAUGUAUACGGCUGGGUGUUCGUGCGCUUGUGUGUGCUACAGCAGCUUCUAGGCGUGAAAGAGCGAGGGAUACAUUCCCUUCCCAUACUCGCGACUUUUGGAGCGUCUCGCGAGCGAGCGAGAGAGAGCAAGAGCCAUGGACGGCGUUUGGAUGUUUUUGGGGAACAAAGGCGUCAAGAGCUAAAAUGAUUUGGCACUGCAAGCGCGAUUUAUUUUGGAUACGCAGCCAAAGCCAAGCCAUCCAAAACGGAUUCCAGCUCCGAUCCAGUGUGUCUCCGUGUGUAUGUGUGAGUCUCGACGAAAAGCCGUGGAAAAAGAGGGACACACUCACGCACACCGAAGCAGCAGACAAAGCAUCGUUCUGCGAGUUCGAGCGAGAGGCACAAUAGCGCCUUAGUGAAUAAUUCAUUUAAGACUGUCCUGCAGAAUGGUCGUCGGCUCGAACCACACGCGGCGCGGUGAAACUGGCAGCAGAUUUACAAACAGCAGCAGCUCCAGCAGCUCAAACGGUGGCUCCACCGCUUCGGCCAGCAGCACCACCAGCGCAACGUCUUCACUAGCCACCAAUUCCUCGUCGACAUCGACGGCUGCGGCUCUGUUGUCGUCCAUGUCCCACAAGAGCCAUGGCCCUCCGCCAUCCGCACCCCCAUCUGCGCACCACCAGACCAGCCAGCAGCACCACCAGGUGGCCCACAACCAGCCACAUGCCACCCAUUACCAGCAGGCAAACCAGCAUCCUAGCCACCAUCACCAGUCCCAUCAGUCCUCGAACGGCAGUGGCGGAGGAUCUGCAGGAUCGGGAUCGGGAUCUGGAUCGGUGGUCAGUGGACUCAACGGCUGCAACGGCAGCGCCGUCAGCCGACUGUCGCAAUCCACUGGCAUGUCGCCGCGUGAACUCUCCGAGAACGAUGACCUGGCCACAUCGCUGAUCCUCGAUCCGCAUCUCGGUUUCCAGACCCACAAGAUGAACAUACGCUUCCGGCCGCUGAAGGUGGACACGCAGCAACUGAAGGCCAUCGUGGAUGACUUCAUCCACACGCAGAACUACGACAUAGCCAUCCAGCGCAUCUACGAGGGGCCGUGGAUACCUCGUCAUCUCAAGAACAAGAACAAGAUUGCCACCAAGCGGCUCCACGAUCAUAUCGUCCGGUACCUGCGCGUUUUUGACAAGGACAGCGGCUUUGCAAUCGAGGCCUGCUACAGAUACUCACUGGAGGAGCAACGUGGCGCCAAGAUUAGCUCGACGAAGCGUUGGUCGAAGAACGACAAGAUCGAAUGCCUGGUGGGCUGCAUCGCCGAGCUGACGGAGGCGGAGGAGGCCGCUCUGCUGCACUCUGGCAAAAAUGACUUCUCAGUGAUGUAUAGUUGUCGCAAGAACUGUGCCCAAUUGUGGCUGGGACCGGCUGCCUAUAUCAACCACGAUUGUCGCGCCAACUGCAAGUUUUUGGCAACCGGCAGGGACACAGCGUGUGUGAAGGUCCUGCGCGACAUUGAGGUGGGGGAGGAGAUAACCUGCUUCUAUGGCGAGGACUUCUUUGGGGACUCGAAUCGCUACUGUGAGUGUGAAACGUGCGAGCGCCGUGGAACGGGAGCCUUUGCCGGAAAGGAUGAUGGCCUGAUGCUGGGUCUGAGCAUGGGACUCGGUUUGGCCAGCAGUGGACCUGGGAAUAAUGGUGGCUAUCGUCUGAGGGAGACAGACAAUCGGAUUAAUCGCAUCAAGAGCCGAGCCAACUCCACGAACAGCACCUCGAACAGCAACAGUAAUACAAAUGAUUCCACUGGCCCCAGCGAGAGUAGCAGCACAAAUGGAUUGGUGGUUUCUGGAGGAGCAGCUGGAGCAGGCGGAGGAGGAGGCACUGGAGCAGCAAUGCCGCUACCAUCGCAACAAUCAACUGCCGGCAAGGAGGCCACAGCCGCCGUCUCUUUGCUCGAAAAGAAACUUCCCAAUGUUGUGGUUUCACCGCUGACCAUGAAGGAGCUGCGCCAAAAGGGAAUGACUAAGUACGAUGCCGAGAUGAUCAUGGCCAACGCAGCCUACCAGCAGCAGCAUCAUCAUCAGCAUCAUUUCCAUCACCAUCAUCAUCAUCAUCACCAUCACCACAAUCAUGGCCAGCACGCAAGUACCGGAGCCGAGGCUACAGCGGCCGUACAGCAAAUGGCGGCCAUGCAGAAGCCAGGAGUCGGUGGAACAGGAGCUGCAGGAAAUGCUGGAGCAACGACAGUGAGCAGCGUAGCCGCCGGAGCGGGCUCCGAGGCUAAUGGUGGUCGUUCCACCAGUCUGCGCAAAUCUAUGCGUGUUAAUAGCACCAGCAGCAGCAUUUCCACCGCAUCCGCGGACGAGGUGAUCGCCCCAGUGGUCGUGGCGAGCAUUCCGCUGCCCACCAAGGCGCCGGUGGUUCUUGUGCCCCGUUGCAAGCCCGCUCAGAUGGCCAUUGCCGCGCUGCACCAGAGGCAGCAGCGUCAACUCAGACGUAGCGAACGCCAGAAGGAAAAGUUGACGGACGGCGAGAGCAGCGACACCAGCAGCGAGCAACAAAAGAGAGAGCAGAAGCAGCAGGAUCAGCAACAUCAGCCACUGCCGCAGAAAACGUUCAUCCUGGCGGAGGAACCACAAGCGGAGAAGCCGGAGGAGAAGCAGCAGGAGCAGCAGAAGCGUGUGACGCGAAAUAGUGCGGGAAGAGUAGGAUUGGUAGCCAGAUUAGCCACUGCCCAUAACAAUAACAUUGCAACCACAACAAAUAGCAGCAGCAGCAGCAACAAAGCAACAACGAUUACAAAUUGUAAUAAUCAUAAUAGUAAUAAUAGCAGUAGAAUUAAUCAUAAUUCUAAUCUUAGCGGUAGACUUAGUGUUAAAUCGAGGAAGCCAGCACCAAGUGAGGCCUCGUCCAUACCCUCAUCCACAUCAUCUGAAAAUCAGCAGCAGCAGGCAACGCGCCGCAGUUGCAGCCCGACUCCCGCCUACAAGAAGAACCUUUUGGCCAGCUUCGACCCCAAUCCUCCUGCCACCCAUAAUACCCAAGCCACCCAAGGAAUCAAGGAGCAGCUGAAGGACGAAUCAGUUACUUACUCACCGGUCAAGCAGAAACGCAGCAGAAGGGCAGCUGCUUUGGCGGCAGCGCAAAGUAUCCACUGCGAAGCGUUGGGCGGAUUCCCCACCGGAUCCACUGGAGGCCAGCGCAAGAGGGCCCAGACCGGCGAACCUGCCACCUCGUGCUCCUCCACGACCAUCAGCAAUGUUGAACCCCUACUGAAGACUCCAGAGCGCCGGCUGAAACUGACGUUGCGCAUGAAACGUUCACCAAUCCUAGACGAAGUAAUUGAGCUCGGAACGAGUCUAAGCAACGGAGGGGCUGGCCGAGGUGCAGCGGGCUCCCAUCGGGAAGGGGCAACUGGGGAUGGAUCUGCUCGAGGUGCGCUAAAUCUAACCGGCAGCAGCUCAAAUGGUAUUGAAUACGAGAUACUGCGCAUGGAGGGCAUUUCAGAGCAUGGGAACGAUGACGACGACGAGGAGGAGGAGCAGGAGGAAGAAGAGGAUGAGGAGCCAGCUGCCGAGGAAGAGGAGGAGCCGCCGCCGAAGGAGGAGCUGCAGCUGGUCACCAAGAAGCAGAGAAAAAAGCAGCGCAGCCGGAGCAGAAGCAGCCAACGCAGAUCGCCAGCGCCAAGCAGUGUAUAUGGCACACCGCAGAAGAAGCGCCUCCGCUUGAUCUUCGGCAACGAGUCCCACACCAUAGACAUUCCACCAGCAGCAGCAGAGGGAUCGGGCAGCGGAUCGGGCUUGGAUGACCUGAACAGCAGUGGGGGCGGUGGCGACGAGUCCUUCAAUGCCUCCUAUGCCAGCAGCACUAGUUUGACGGUCAAUACAUCCUCGAGCAGUACCAGCUCAUCCGGCGGAGUGGGCGGAGCUACCUCCACCUCUGCAGAGGCUGUGGACUCCUCCACGGUGGGCCCGCCCCUUGCUGCCCAAUCGCCCUCAUCGACGACCAGCAGCUCCUUUCAAUCGGCCUGCACAUCAACCACCAACACCAACAGCAACAGCUACUUUCCCAAUAGCAAGCAGCGAGCGGCUGGCGAGGAUUCCUAUGCGAUGCACUACUACCAGCUGGGCAAGUUUGCUGGAACCCCAAGUCCGGGACAGGGUCAGGCCAUUGUGAGCAGCAGCAGUGGUUCAUCAGGUGGAGGAGGAGGAGGAGGAGGAGGAUCAGGAUCAGGAUCAUCUGGUGCUGGAGCUAGCGCUGGUUUCCUGAGCAUGCCCAAGCACACAUUCGGCACCUGUGCCCUCCUGGCCCCCACCAGUUUCGCCUGCCUGCAAAAUCAGCCGCAGAUUAGCCAGCAGAAGACCAGUAGCGGCGGAGGAGUGGGAGCGGGAGUGGGAGUGGUGCCCACUUCCACUUCAACAGGCGCGGUCACAUCUCACCAUCAUAAUAACAACCAUCACGGCCAGAAAUAACCAACGACUGAUCUCCAAGCAAAUUGACUAAGCACAGCUGCCAUUGCCAAGAGAAGAAGGGGAGGAGCGCGCAGGGGGAGAGUCCGGGACAAGGACAUGGUGGAGCACCAGGUGCAGAGAAGCAGGAGUAGCAGGAAUAGCAACGGAUGGAGACUGAUGGAGAUUGCUGCGCUGCUGGCGUCGUUGCCUUUGCUGCUGCUGAAUCCAUGCACCUUAUAGAAACUGAAACCGAAACCGUAGGCUUAGAUCUUAGUCCAAGUAGAGAUGAUCCUUGAUAUACCUAUACCCUUGGGUUUUCACAUUCAGGAAGCAAACCAAAACAGGCUGACCAAUUUGUUAAUGCGAAUCCGGAUAUAUACCAGAUUGUAACUUGUUUUACUUUUGCUUUCUUUUCUAUUUCUCUCUUUCUCUUUGUGAUUACUCCCCAUUUCUCCCAACCCUUUUACUUUGUGUUCGCGUUGCAUGUCGCGCGUGUGUGUGUGGUGUGCUUUUAUUUUGCAGGUGGCAGUGGCAGUGGCAGUCUAAAGCGUAGAAGUAGGAAAAGGUCGGAGGAGAGUGCAGCGUGUUGCAGCAAGCACGACAGCACCAGCAGCAGCAGGAGCAACAGGAGCAGCGGCAACAUCGGCAGUAGCACCAGCAACGGCAGCACCACCAGCAAUUUGAUAGUUAAAAGGCUAAGAAUAGAGUUAAAUCGCAUACAAAUCAUGUACAGUUGAGAACUAACGACGAGCAGGAUGAGCAGGAGCCCAGGAGCCGUUGAGAGUAAAGAUGGGAAGAUGGGAUUAGGAGCACAUUCUGAAUGCAAUGCACACAGACACUCUUCGACGCAAUUAGCAGCGGUUUUAGACGCCUUACAGCCCUCACAGCUCAGCCGAACCCAAUCCAACUUAACUUUACACAUAGAGGAUACUUUAGGACUUCCACAAUAGCCAACAAGCAAACAAUAGUGCCGCAGCAGCAGCAGCAGCAGCAGCAGCAGUAGCAGCAACCAGAACAGCAAUAUUUAAACAAUUAAACAAUAUACGCAUGCACAUGGUGUAUAUACGAACAAGACAAACCUAAUGUUAAUUGCAAACCGAGUUAGUUGAUGAGGAGAGGAGCGCAGCUAGCAGAGCGUACAUUUUCACAUAUAACAAUGUAUAUAAACCAAAAAGCGGGAAUUAAUUAUAACACCAGCGAAACGAUUAAACAGAACAUUCAAAUAAACUGCUAAUACAACUCGAUACAAGUGGUGGUUCAAGUGGUUCGACGACAGAUCUAUGCAUUCUGGUUUGAAUGCAUCGCCGCAUCGGCUAUGCCCAUUCACAUGAAUCUAAACCAACAACUCGCACUCCCUGCCCUUCGUUCAAUUGCCAGCUUUUGUUUUGUUCUCUGUGAAGUUUAGUUUUUAAAACCCGACAGACAGAAAACUACAACUAAACCAUCACAGCCACACACACACGAAGUAAAUUUGAUGAUUUUUUAACGACAUGAUUAUUUUUUGUUUACCGAUAAGUUUAGUUUCUAGCAUAUACAAUUAAACAUUAAUCAUACUUGAUAUAUAUUAUAUACUUUAUUCAUAUCUGUAACUAAUGUGUAUUAUUUUCUAAGCCACCAAUAAUUUACAGCUGCCGCGGCCGCAAAACAUUCAUAAUAAACUAAAGAAGAACAUUUAGUUUUUACAAA